UUCACAGAACAGCAACAGGCCUUGUUCUAGGAGGGAACGAAAAGUUUCAUUCAAGAACUGAUACAGUAGUGGACAUUAUAAUAGAUACAGCAGAUGGGGCAUCAGAGACCAUUUACACUACAACCGAAGCCAUGAAAGAAAUGAAUAAUGGCUUAGAAGGAACUGAUUUAGGCAAAGAAGCAGCUCACUUCUUGAUUCCUACAUCUCAGAGUCUUGACAGACAGGCUGAUGAUAUACAUAGAGAAGCCAGAAAAAAUAGACGACUAAUCGAGAAACUUCUCAAGAUAGUGUACAUAGUGACUACAGUGGUUAUUUCUCUAAACUUGGUUGCUGUAAUUUCCCUAUCAGUAUUUGGGAUAUUCAAAUUUAGAAGAACCCUUAAAUUGCUCAUUACAUUGUGUUGGAUCUUUACAACUCUGUGUUGGUUUCUUUUUGGCAUUUAUUACUUCUUAGACAACUUUGCUGGAGAUACAUGCAGUGCAUGCACUAGAAAAUUUCCAGUCAGAUCCCUACAACAGCAGUUUGAGCUCAAUUCUUCCCUGUGAUGAAUUGGUUUCAGCUGAAUCAAUCCUUUAUGAUGUCAGUGAAGGGGUACAUCGAAUAGUUAACGAGGUGAACCAAAGGUUAUCUACAGAUUAUGGAAAUGUUGCACAAAUCUGCAAUCCUUUCUCCGGUCCACCAGAAUACAACUACCAGCCACGGAACUGUUCAUCUACUACAAUUCGAAUAGGGGAUCUCCCUGGGGUAAGUACAAAAUUCUAUAAGUUUGCACA